GUGCUGGUGCUGGUGCGCUGGAUGUGUGUGGCUGAGGCGUUUCGGAUUGGAGAUGCGAGACGGAGAGGGCAGUUUCUAGGAAGUGACGGACGAGUCUCCGGAGGUGUGGAUGGCGGGGGGGGGGGGGCUUGUCGGAGGAAGUUUGCUUGAUGGUGGUGCCGUGCUGCUCAACGAAACUUUUGCUGCCGUGACGCCGGCGGCCCCGUGGAUCGGGACGGACGGACCCAGCGGCGCAGGGAGCCUUUUUGUGUUUCCUCGCCACACGAGCAUUGCUGAGGAAUAAUUUAAGGAUUUGUUGAAAAGAAGAAAAAAAAACGGGGAUCGCAGAGGAAUUUCACUCCCGUAACCAAGCGCGCCCCCCUCCCUUACCCCCGAUUUUUCUCCUCUCCCCCCUGUCUCCUUUUUACAUUUUUUUUAUUUUGGGAUACGCGAUGGGGAAGGAGCAGGAACUUCUCGAAGCGGCGCGCACGGGGAACCUGGCCGCGGUGGAGAAGCUUCUCUCCGGGAAGCGACAGACCGCCGGCACCGGCAGCGGUUCCUCCGGGACCGGGGGGAGCGGCACCAGCGGCGGACACGGCGCCUCCUCGCACCCGCUCUCCAGUCUGCUCAGCAUCUGGAGAGGCCCCAAUGUGAAUUGUGUGGACAGCACUGGAUACUCCCCCCUCCACCACGCCGCCCUCAACGGACACAGCGAGGUGGUGGAGGCGCUGCUACGGAACGAGGCCUUGACCAACAUCGCUGACAGCAAGGGCUGCUACCCGCUGCACCUGGCCGCCUGGAAGGGCGACGAGCACAUCGUCAAGCUGCUCAUCCACCAGGGGCCGUCGCACCCCCGCCUCAACGAGCAGAGCUCUGUAGACCAUAAAGAGUUCAAGCGCUGUGGGCCCUUUGACCCCUAUAUUAAUGCCAAGGUGUGUACACAGCGCUGCCAAAACGACAGCUCCUUUUCCAAGUCCUCCUUUACCGCCGUGUUGUCUUGCUUUGCUUUGCUUUGUGUUUGCUGCCACCGCCGCCUCUGCUGCCGCUCCGCUGCCGAGACAAGAGGAGGCCUUUUAAUUUCACCGACUCUUGGCAGACUUUAUGUCCUCUGGCUUUCUGCUCGUGAUCUGCAAACGUAUUGAGACGUGCUGCCUUUAGGACCCGUGGCACUGCCCAGCGACAUUUGCAAAACGCUAACGAAGAAUGCUACAGCGUGCAGCCUGUUUGCACCACUCGACCAGCAUAUAUAGAGAGAAAAACACUUAGCGCUGCAACUACUAUUAUGUUACGGCAACAAAAAAAAAAAAAAUCAUCAGUUGCUGAAACAUCUCAAACUAUGUCAUCGAUUGACAUUGACUUUUGUACGGUGCCCCCAGAGGAGGAAUCCCACUGACUUGAUGUCGCCAUGAUGUUGAUAUUUGCAGAUCCGUGUGAGGCAUCUCGUCAGCUAUUGGAUGGUCAUGACAUUCGGUUCUCGUGCUUCCUUAGGUGGAGUUUAAUGUUUUUCCUAUUAAAACUAAUAUGAAACCAGAAAAUAGAAUCAGGCGCUCAAUGCGCCUCUC